AGCCCCAUGGAGAAGCACAUCACCUCUGUAGGAACAGUAGAGAAGGAAUCAGAUUUGUCUACGGGGAUUAUUUACUGGAGGAGAAUUGCAAUGUGCCAGAAUGUAAUUCCUGGCAUUUGAAGAAAGGUAACUCUGCUGAAGAAAGCCAACAUCUGCUUGGAAGAGGAACCAGGGCUUAACAUGCAGAAAGGAAAUAUGGCUCUGAAAACUCCUUGUCUUACAUGGACACGAUAUGUGUCUCUGAGUGAGGAGUCUGUCUUCAGAGAGCUUGGAGGCUGCAGACCACACAAAAAAAGCAGAGUAUCAGUGACAGGGGCAGGUUUGCUCCACUGACUGUUGGAAGCUCUUGCUCCAUCAUUUUUAAAACAAGGUGUGGAGAAGGCAUUCAAACAGUUCUUCUUCCUAAUGCCUCAUUUUACCAGCUAA